UUCUCCGACUGUUUCCAUCACUUUAUUUCGGAUAUCAUAUUCUAAAAUGAAAUUGGUAAUAUUAUUGUUCCUCGUGUCUAUUUCCUUGUCUGUGAAUGCCCGUGCCAGUGGCAAAUAUACAGAUCGGUAUGAUGGUAUCAAUGUUGGAGAUGUUGUGUCAAACAGACGUCUACUUUUGCCUUACUUGAAGUGUCUUCUCGAGCAAGGCAAGUGCUCGCCCGAAGGCAGAGAAUUGAAAUCACACAUAAGAGAAGCUUUAGAGAAUUACUGCGCGAAGUGCACGGACACGCAGCGCAGAGGUACACGCCUCGUGAUAGCUCACCUUAUUAACAACGAGCCUGCAUAUUGGAAACAGCUGACAGACAAGUACGACCGACAGCACAAGUACGUCACCAAGUAUGAAGCUGAAUUAAGGACGAUAAAGAGUUAAAUAAAUAUUUGUGAACGCAAAAAUUUUCUGUUUUGUGUUCUUAGAU